GUCUUGAGCGCAUAUUUUCUCACCGAUGUAUGGCUUGAGCUGGACAAGAACUUGAAUCGCAAACUAUUUCGUCCACUUCAGGGUGAAUCGCGGAUGAAGCUAGCUGCUUAUGAAGGCUGCAAAGCAAAGAAGUGCACGGGCGCACUUCGUAGCCUAUGGAGGAGUUCCAAGACUGGCGGACAUGAUCAGAACAUCCGCCAGUUGAAGAGCUUCCUGCGCGAGAGCCCUCGCCCUGGUCGUCGCCAUGUGGAUGAUUCAGACGCUGAUCAGUCGCCUGCAGAUGAAGCCGCCUCCGAUCCAGAAUCAGAGCCCGGGCCCGAGCCCUUGGUGCCAGCAGUUGAAGACGAGCCCAGCUCUGAGUCUCGCGCGUCCGCAGGGCCUUCAUCGCCAGAAGCUGAGGAGGAGGGCGUUGAAAACGCAAGCCCUUCAGAGAGCUCACAGGGCGAUUCGCUGACGGCCAGAACACUGCGGCUGGGGGAGUGUUCAUCCGGGAGUGAAAGCUGUGUGUCAGAGUCGUCUGACCAUCGGGACUCUCAAGUUAAAGAUUCAUGGAUGGGCAAGGCAAUGUCACAAAUCACUCGCCAAACCAUGGCGGCUGAAGCGUGGGAACGGAAGCUGGAGAACCUCAUCUUGGACAUCAAGUUUGAUUUGCAGGAGCAGCUGCACGCUGUGAUGGAAGGGAGCGAGUGGGACCAGUACUCUGAGUGGUGCAGGGGCAUCUUGACCGCCCAUGGUGAUUCUGAUGAGAAGGUUGGUGCGCGCAAGCGCCUCUUUCAGGGAAGCUUGGACAAGGCUUUUCGCACGAUGAACAUGGAGGUUGGAGUUGAGGGUGAUGAGAACACAGUGACUCCUGCUGCAAAGCGCCCGCGGACCAUGGGCGUUGUCGCCAAAGCUUUGCAGGAGACACCUCCUCCAGUUGUUGGGCCCCAAACGGCAAAGUCCAUGGCAGCAGUCAAGCUAGAGGACAAGCAGUCGGAGUUGGGCAACUUUGAGUUCGGUGAGGCCUUGAACAAGUUCCACGCAUACGACAUGGACAACCUUCAAGUGCCCAUUGAGGCUCGCCCCAAACAAGGCCAGGCCCACCUUGGCCGUCAUGGAUACACCAUCAAGUCCAAGAAUGAGGUUGUGGAAUGCCUGCUCAAGACCCGGGCCUUCGUGAUCAAGAGGGCAAACUCAAACAUUGCCCAGCCAUCCAAAAAGCCCACCGGCCAAGUGACAUGGUCCAAGUUCGGCGGCCCUGAGAAAGCCUGGCUGGAGACCAAGCUCCGCGCUGGAUGGUAG